AUGUUGCGGCAACAGCUACUCCGGUCGUUCAGAAAGCCCCAGCGGCUGUCGAGCCUCAAUGUCGCCCGGACCUUUGUAGCGACGCCCCCGAGGCAGGCCGAGGUGGAGCUCACAGUAGAUGGCAAGAAAGUCUCAGUACAAGCCGGUUCGGCGCUCAUUCAAGCGUGCGAAAAGGCGGGGGUGACGGUCCCGCGAUACUGCUACCAUGAGAAGCUCAUGAUAGCUGGCAACUGCCGCAUGUGCCUGGUGGAAGUGGAGCGCGCACCAAAGCCCGUGGCGUCGUGCGCAUGGCCCGUACAACCUGGAAUGGUCGUGAAGACCGACUCGCCGCUCGUCCACAAGGCCCGCGAGGGCGUCAUGGAGUUCCUCCUCGCCAACCACCCGCUCGACUGCCCUAUCUGCGACCAAGGUGGCGAGUGCGACUUGCAGGAUCAGUCGAUGCGGUAUGGCGCGGACAGAGGCAGGUUUCAUGAAAUGGGUGGCAAGCGUGCUGUCGAGGACAAGAACUUGGGACCGCUUGUCAAGACUUCUAUGAACAGAUGCAUUCACUGCACCCGAUGCAUCCGGUUCGCAAACGAUAUCGCCGGUGCUCCUGAACUUGGAUCGACUGGACGCGGCAAUGACAUGCAGAUUGGUACCUACCUCGAAACAGCUCUCGAUACCGAACUAUCUGGAAACGUCAUCGACCUUUGCCCUGUCGGUGCUCUGCUCUCGAAGCCGUACGCUUUCAAAGCCCGGCCCUGGGAGCUCGGACACUUUGAAUCCAUCGAUGUCCUCAACGGACUGGGGUCGAACAUCCGGGUGGACACUAGAGGCAUGGUAGUCAUGAGGGUGUUGCCGCGGCUGAACGAUGAUGUCAACGAAGAAUGGAUCGAUGACAAGACACGUUUCGCAAUCGACGGUCUCACCACCCAGCGUCUCACCAUCCCGCUUAUCCGCAAGGACGACCAGUUCCAGCCAGCUACUUGGGAACAGGCACUCGUCGAGAUCGGCGAAGCCUACAAGAAACUCAACGUCAAGGCCAACGAGUUCAAAGCCGUUGCCGGACAUCUAGUGGAAACCGAGUCUAUGGUUGCCAUGAAGGAUCUCGCCAACAGGCUCGGCUCAGACAACCUGGCCCUAGACCAGCCUGGAGGCAGCCAACCCGUGGCGCACGGCAUCGACGUUCGGUCAAACUACACUUUCAACAGCAAGAUCUACGGUGUCGAAGAGGCGGACUGCAUACUCCUGGUAGGCACCAACCCUCGCCACGAAGCCGCCGUCCUCAACGCUCGCAUCCGAAAGCAAUGGCUCCGAUCCGAUCUCGAGGUCGGCCUCGUCGGCGAGGACUUCGACAGCACCUUCGACUACGAGAAGCUCGGCGACACAGCCUCCAGCUUGAAAGAAGCCCUCGCGGGCCCCUUCGGCAAGAAGCUGCAGUCCGCCAAGAAGCCCAUGAUCAUCGUCGGCAGCGGCGUGACCGAGCACCCUGACGCGAAGUCUUUCUUCGAGACGGUCGGCACCUUCGUCGAUAAGAACAAGGCCAACUUCCUCGCCGGCGACUGGAACGGCUACAACGUCCUCCAGCGCGCGGCUUCCCGCGCCGGCGCCUACGAAGUCGGCUUCACGGUCCCAUCCCCCGAGGUCGCAAAUACGGAAGCGAAGAUGAUCUGGCUGCUGGGCGCGGACGAGAUCAGCGAGGCCGACAUCCCCAAGGGCGCCUUCGUCAUCUACCAGGGCCACCACGGCGACCGCGGCGCACAGCUCGCGGACGUCAUCCUCCCCGGCGCUGCAUAUACCGAGAAGCACGGCACGUACAUGAACACGGAGGGCAGGUGUCAGGUCACGAGGGCCGCUACAACGCUGUAUGGCGCCUCGAGGGACGACUGGAAGAUUAUCCGCGCCGCGAGCGAGUAUCUGGGCCAGCCGCUGCCGUAUGAUGAUAUCGAGGCGCUGCGCGACCGCAUGGAGGACAUCUCGCCCGCGCUGCGGCGAUAUGAUGUCGUGGAGCCGACGGCGCUGGGCGCGCUGAGCAAGGUCCAGCUCGUCGAUCAGAACAGGGGCGCCAAGCCGACGAAUGAACCGCUCAAGAAGGUCAUUGAGAACUUCUUCUUCACGGACGCGAUAAGUAGAUGUUCUCCGACCAUGGCGAGAUGCUCGGCUGCCAAGGCGGCGAAGAACCCGAAUAACAACUUCAUGGCGCCGGGGUAUCCGGAUCCGCAGGUGCAUUAUGGGCCUGAGGGAGCGCUUGGGGCGGGUUCGGGGUAG